UAGAUUGUCCCCAGCCCCAUUUUGACCUCACCUCCAUACCUUUGCAAUGCGAACAAUCCUGCCCAGCACAUUAAAGCAGCCUAAGAACCUGGGGAGUCUCAGUAAGACUGAACGCCAGCAGAGGCCCAACUACUUCUUGGCAGUCCGGCUCAGCAACCCAUCGCUGCAAACACAGCUCCAGCAUUUUUACAAGAGUGUCUCAGAAACCUUCCCCAGGCACAGCCGGUAUCUUAUCAACCCCACGCUAUCACAUGUAACAUUGGGCACAAUGUUCCUGGAAAAGCACGACAUCCCUGGCGCAGUUGACCUCUUGGAGUCGUUCGCCGAUCUAGUCAACGAGUAUAUCCAGGAGCCACCCAAACUGACGCUCAAGGGGAUUGGCAACUUUGGCGGUAAUCGUGUCGUGUUUGCCAACGUCGAUGCCAGCCACGGGUUUCAGUCGCUAGUGCGCGACAUCCGGGUGAUAUUCUGGUCGCACGGCUACUCUAACACCCCUUUGCUGGCGCCCAGGCGCGUACCGUAUUUCGGCAACGACAUUGUCCCCCAUGGGAGUGCCUUCCAAGUGACUAGUGGGCACGUCAUGGACUGGAAACCACAUGCAACACUGAUGAAGGAGCGCUCGCUAGCAAUGCCUGUAUCUGUGAAAAAGGCCAGAGAGCAGAUCAAGUCCUCGCUGGCGAAACUGGAGAACAGUGAGACUCCUCGCAAGAAGCCUGCGACCAAGAUCCCAGGAUUCGUAUUUGAGAACUUUAUGAACCACUCGUUUGGAUCGCAGAUCGUGUCUCGGAUCGAGCUGCUGUCGAUGACGGUGAAGGACAAGGACGGCUACUAUGCGCGCCUUGGCGGGCUAGAUAUAGACAAGUGA